AUCGAUGUGAAUGCUUCCUCAACUACUUCUCCCCAUAUCACAAUAAAAGCCAACAAACCUAAAAGCACAGCAAUGACGUUUACCCAGCCCUCUCUAACUACCUGUUUGGCGCAUUUAAUUCUGGCAGGCGUUACAGGAUGGUCCCUGAAGCAUCUUCCCAGCGGCUCUGCUCCAACGCUGAACAGCACCACAGCCACCACCAUCACAACACUACCAACGGACAGUACAGUUCCGUUUGUGUUGAUGUUGUUAAUUUUUCUUUUAAGCCACAGCCUGCUUGGACUCUUUCGCUAUAGCCACCCGGACCCGCAGAAAGGUCUGCGCAAAGUUUACGAACUGUCCGCGCUGUUGGCAACCGUAUGCCCUCUGCCAUUGCUAAACAUACAACUAUACCUCAAGUAUCAGCCGAAUGAGUCAGAGCUGCUGCUUUACGGAUACCUGCUAAUAAGCGUACUGGUGCCAGUCCUGGCUGGGUUAAUGUAUUCGGAACUAAGUCAACGACACAAGAGUGAGUACGUAACCACGGCUGCGGUUCUCGUCAACCUGGCUGCCCUGGUGUGGGUUUCGUUCGUUAACGAAAAUUACUGGGGUAUCGGACUGGCGGUGUCCUGCGGGAUGAAACACUUUACGCUGGCUCGGCUGGCCGAUCGUUACAGUGUUCCGUUCGUAGAUCUCUACACGUACGGAUUAGGAUUUUUCGAAAUCUUCGCCGUCAAUGUGGUGGUCGAUGCCGAUCUGUAUCGUACCGAGCUGGUUAUUCAGUGAAGCGCGCACGCCCGCGGCCGCGCCCGACGAUUGUACACUAAGCUCAAGUGAUUGAAACUGCUUAUUCCACGACGUUGUUUAUAUAUAGCUCUAUAAUAGAAGAUAGUUGUUAUACAAUUCCAGUAGGAAUAGAUUACGUACUUUUUAGAUUCUCUCUUUUACUAAAAAACAAGCUCUGUACCAAUUUUUCUACAAGCUGCCUACCUACUAAAAGUUGAACUUUUGUAUACUUUUAUACAAAAUCAGCGCCAAGAUAUACGAGAAAUUCAUAUACAAUUUUCCAAUUGUAGAAACAAUAACAAGAAAUUUAUCAAUUGUAGCUUUGUUAGAAAAAAAAUAGAAUAAAAGGUAAAAAACUUUAGCGCAAAAAGUGAAGUAAAAGCUGGUGAA